UUUGCUUUGCAGAAAGCUCCGCAUACUCAAGCCGUAGUGACCAGUUCUAAAUGGGAUCGGCCGUAUAGUCGUGAGAUGGCUGCAUUCCCGAAACCGUGGUGUGCCUUCAAAGUGUGGCCAACAGUGGGUCGUAUUGAUGAUCAGUUCGGUGAUCAACACCUGUUUUGUGCGUGUCCACCAAUGGCAACGUACAGAUAA